AUGGCGGCAAAACAAGAAGAUCAUUGGGAUUCAGCGGCAUAUCAAAACGCGGCUUCUUUUGUACCAAAGUUGGCUACCAAGGUCUUACAAUGGCUUGAUGUACAGGAGGAUGAUGUGAUUCUGGAUGUUGGGUGUGGUGACGGCGUCCUCGACCUCCAAAUCAGCCCGACCUUCUUCAAAGGCACCGGCUGCAUACACGGCAUCGACAGUUCAGAAUCCAUGAUCGCCACAGCAAAUAAAUCCGUAUCUGCAUACGAAACCCCUAGGAUGUCACACGUCUGCACUUUCGAAGUCCUCGACGCAACCCAACUAAUCAACUCACCCGCCCGCCAAACCUCCAGCUUCGACAAAGUCUUCUCCAACGCCGCAAUGCACUGGAUCCUGCGCCCUGAAACCCACCGCAAGGCGUUCUUCCAAGGCGUCCGCAACGCGCUUAAGCCCGGCGGGAUCUUUGUGUUUGAAAUGGGCGGGCUGGGGAACGUGGCCGAGAUGCGCGCUGCUCUUAUUUCGGUAGUGGCGAAGCGGGUGGGGAUUGACAGGGCGAGGGAGGCCGAUCCGUGGUUCUUUCCCGAUGAGCGGUGGAUGCGGGGGAUGUUGGAGGAGACGGUGGGGGGGUGGAAGGUGGAGAGAAUGGAGAUGGAGUAUAGACCUACGGAGGCUGAUCAGGGGGGUGUGGGUGCGUGGGUUAGGUUGAUGGGGAAGCAGUUUUUUGAUGCUGUGGAGGAUCAGGCGGAGAGGGAGGAGUGUGAGAGGGAGGUGGGGGAGGUGCUGAAGACUGUUUGUGGGAGGCCGGGGGGUGGUGAGCGGAUAGGGUAUGUGAGGUUGAGGGCUGUUGUUAGGAAGAUUUAG